AUGCUGAGCAGGUUGAUGAGCGGCAGCAGCAGGAGCCUGGAGCGCGAGUACAGCUGCACCGUGCGGCUGCUGGACGACAGCGAGUACACCUGCACCAUCCAGAGAGAUGCCAAAGGCCAAUACCUGUUUGACCUUCUUUGCCACCACCUGAAUCUGCUUGAGAAAGACUAUUUUGGGAUCCGCUUUGUGGACCCUGAUAAGCAGCGGCAUUGGUUGGAGUUUACAAAGUCUGUGGGGAAGCAGUUGAGAUCCCAGCCUCCAUUCACCAUGUGUUUCCGCGUGAAGUUUUACCCUGCAGACCCUGCUGCCCUGAAAGAAGAAAUAACCAGGUAUUUAGUCUUCCUGCAGAUCAAAAGGGAUCUGUACCACGGCCGCCUCCUCUGUAAAACAUCAGAUGCUGCCUUGUUAGCAGCUUAUAUCCUUCAAGCGGAGAUUGGGGAUUAUGACCCAGGAAAACACCCUGAAGGCUACAGCUCCAAGUUCCAGUUUUUCCCUAAACAUUCAGAGAAGCUGGAAAGGAAGAUUGCUGAGAUUCACAAAACAGAACUCAGUGGCCAAACACCAGCAACAUCAGAGCUGAACUUUUUAAGAAAAGCGCAGACGUUGGAGACAUACGGAGUGGACCCUCACCCGUGUAAGGAUGUGUCAGGAAAUGCUGCAUUUCUGGCCUUCACUCCUUUUGGGUUUGUUGUUCUGCAAGGAAACAAGAGGGUCCACUUCAUUAAAUGGAAUGAGGUGACCAAGCUGAAAUUUGAAGGAAAGACUUUUUAUUUGUACGUAAGUCAGAAAGAGGAAAAGAAAAUUAUUCUCACAUAUUUUGCUCCAACUCCAGAAGCCUGCAAGCAUCUCUGGAAAUGUGGGAUAGAGAACCAAGCCUUCUACAAGCUGGAGAAGUCAAGCCAAGUCCGCACAGUGUCCAGCAGCAAUUUAUUCUUUAAAGGGAGCCGGUUCCGAUACAGUGGCCGAGUUGCAAAGGAAGUGAUGGAGUCCAGUGCCAAGAUCAAACGGGAGCCACCAGAAAUACACAGAGCAGGGAUGGUCCCCAGCCGCAGCUGUCCCUCCAUAACCCAUGGCCCAAGGCUGAGCAGCGUCCCUAGGACCCGGAGAAGAGCUGUUCACAUCUCCAUCAUGGAAGGCCUCGAGUCCCUACGGGACAGUGCCCACUCCACCCCAGUACGUACCUCCUCCCACGGGGACACUUUCUUGCCUCACGUGAGAAGCAGCCGGGCAGACAGCAAUGAGCGAGUCGCCGUGAUCGCGGAUGAGGCCUACAGCCCUGCAGACAGUGUGCUGCCCACCCCUGUGGCCGAGCACAGCCUGGAGCUGAUGCUGCUUUCCCGGCAGAUCAAUGGGGCCACCUGCAGCAUUGAGGAGGAGAAGGAGUGUGAGGCCAGCACCCCAACUGCUGCAGAGAUGGAGGCCCUUGGGGGAGAGCUGAGGGCCCUGUGUCAGGGGCACAGCAGGCCAGAGGAGGAACAGAGUGGGCAUCUGAAGGGACCACCACUACAACAGCAGCAGCAGCAGGGGUGGGGUAAGUCUGUCCCCUUAGACUAGAUCCUAGUGGGCAUCACCAUGAGUUUUGUAUAAUGAACUUAGACUUCUGUGGGGGGUUUUUCUGAAGACCCUCAAGACUUUUAUAGUGCUCCAGAAGCAUUAGGUGAAUUCGGUGGUGCCAGGGAUAGAACUGUCAGAAAUGCAGGACUAAGUGUAGUUAACAGAAACCAGAGCUAAGGUACCUGAGAGACCGUUGAGGUCACAGAGCAGUACUUAUUUUGUACAACACCAUCCCCCCCAAAAAAGACUAUUUCAAUUUAUAUUUUAACAACAAAAUGUAUUUUCUUAUCAAUUCAUAUUUUGUUUUUACUUUAUGGAUUAAGAAAAAUAGAGCCUGACGAACUUAAACGACACAAGGAAGAAACUGAUCCUGAGAAUAAAAAGCUUCAGAAAAUAGAAUUCCAAGAUCAACAAACAGCCUGGGAAGGGACCAGGAAAAGAAUCUCUUUAAAUAGGAGUUCUAAGAGAUGCCUACAAAAGAAGGUGAAUGUGGCAGAGACCAAGACUUAGAUGUAGAAAUACUGCCCCCUAGCGUCAUCCUCUGCACUGGGAAAAUGAAAGUUGUAGGAAAGCACUUACCAUCCUUGCCGAGGCUCCAUGCAGAAGAGCAGCAUGUGGAGGGUGAGUGUGGGGUCCGAGGCCCGAGCUCUGCAACUCUUACAACCACUCACACACAAGAUCUUGUUUUCAUCUCAGGGAGAGAUUUCUAAGUCAUCUGGGCCUGAGGACUUACGUAAGGACAGUCAGUGGACAUAUUCCUGGGACCCACAUAACAGUGGAGCAGCUGCUGACACCCUAUGAUGCUGGGGAGCCUCAAAUGCAGAACAGAAUGAGUCACAUGUAGAUCUGCUUUCCCCUAGUUGUCCUCUGAGACAGCAGAACCAUGUCCAUAUAUAGAAUCUAAUAGCCAUGGAUAAACGGAGUUUUUCCUUUUUUAAGGUUGGGGGUGGUGCUGUGUUUCAAAAUUUUAAUUGCCCUUUUAUCUAGACCAGGGGUCGGCAAACUUCUACUGUAAAGUGCCAGAUAGUAAAUAUUUUUUUAUUUUGGUUUUGUGGGCCAUACUCUGGCAACUACUCAUCUCCGCCAUCUUAUCACAAAACAGCCAUAGGUAAUACAUAAACAAAGGAGCAAAGCUGUGUUCCAAUAACAUUUUUAUUUAUAAAAACAGGCAGUGAGCUGAAUUUAGCCCACAGGCCAUAAUCUGCCAACCCCAAGCUAGACAAUAAAACUGCUCCUUACCAGUGUGUAAGCAGAAAGAGGGUCAGCUCUGCUCCAAUUCCUGACAUGUGUUAAAGAUCCGGGAUCACUUCCCAGUAGAGGCACUGGGGUUGCUUGUUUAAAGGGUGCUCGAACAACCAACCAGCAAAGAGAUGUCUGAUGCCAAGAUGAGCAAGAUCAACCACUGGAAUGCUAAAACGCAGCCAGAAUCUAAGCAUGGAAGAGGGCCUGUCUGAUCAUUUCCAUACCAGCAGAAAUUUGGGCAGAAUUACAAACAUCUAUUUUCAAAGUGACAAGACAAAAUAUGAGGGAGAGCCUAGUAAAGAUUAGGGAUCGCUUAGAACCAACUAGCCACUGCCACUUGUCAUCUACAGGAAAGGCUUUAUUAGCACAGGAUUGGAGUAAAAAGUAGACUCGGAGAAGAAAAGGCUGUCAGGAAAUAGGGGGCUGGUUUUAACCUGGAUAUCUACUGUCUUAUGCAACAUAGCAGAUUACCUUUUAGUGUAGUGUUCCUACCUCAGUCUGUAGAAUAUGGUGUUUCUAUGCAGUGAGUGAUAGCCUCGACUCUGACCUUUCAUAUUCACAUUAAAGAAAGAUGAAGUAUUCCAUAUCCUGGUACGUACUUGUGUCUAGAGUUCUAACAGUACAAUAGUCCAUGCCACUUCCUACAGCUGGAUUUUGCUCUCUGAACAGAAACUUUUGGGUUAUUUUUUUCCAGGGCUUAUCCCACAAAAUACAGAUAGAAAAGUUUCCUUCAAUUUGCUUUUCAAAUAGUGCUUGAAUAACAAACUUCCUUUGUUGGUGACUAGUCUUUUUUGGUAUCUCCCCAUCAUUAGAAAUUGUUCAAGUUUUUAACCUGAUUUUACUGUGUUCCACUAUGUCUCCUAUUUUCUCUCAAAAUUAGUUUUGAUCUCAUUGUAGAAAAAGCAGUGGUUUCCACAGCUUCAUCUAUCAGAGGAAAUAAAACUCUUACUAAAGAAUAGUGUACUGCAUCUUUAAGCAGUAGAAGGUAAACUACCUGCAAAUGUGAAUUUCUUAGUUUCAUUAAAAAUAUAUAUAGUUGUUAACCUCUUGUGUGCCAAAAAUUAUAAGUUACAUUUUCCUUCAAAGCAAUGUACUUUUUUCUACAUAUGCAGUAUGUAGUUAGCAUAAAAUCAUUGGUGCCAUGAAAAUUAUUUUUAAACGUAAAUAAAUAUUUAAA